ACCGGACUACAACCGGCAGUGAUUGUGCGCAUGCGUGCUUGGUCUUCCUGCCGAUUCCAGUGGACAGGUCUCUGUGCUAGAAACGGUCGGAAAUUCUGAACUUGUAGGAAAAUGUCUCGACAGACGAACCGAGGUACCGAGAACAAGAAAAUGAACUCAGAGCUAUUCACUCUGACCUAUGGAGCUCUGGUCACACAGUUAUGUAAAGAUUAUGAAAAUGAUGAAGAUGUCAAUAAGCAAUUGGAUAAAAUGGGUUACAACAUUGGUGUCAGACUAAUCGAAGAUUUUUUAGCGCGUUCUAAUGUUGGAAGAUGUCAUGAUUUCCGUGAAACUGCAGAUGUUAUUGCAAAGGUUGCAUUUAAAAUGUACCUGGGUAUAACUCCUAGUGUGACCAACUGGAGCCCAGCAGGAGAUGAGUUUUCAUUGAUUCUGGAAAAUAAUCCACUUGUUGAUUUUGUGGAAUUACCUGACAACCACUCCAGUUUGAUCUACUCAAAUCUUCUGUGUGGAUUGCUGAGAGGAGCAUUGGAAAUGGUUCAAAUGGCAAUUGAUGUGAAAUUUGUCCAAGACACACUCAAGGGUGACAAUGUGACAGAAAUCCGAAUGAAAUUCAUUAAAAGGAUUGAAGAAAAUCUCCCAGCAGGAGAAGAAUAGCAUUUCAUAGUCUUUUACUGGACAGUAAGAAGCUGAAGAUAUUCUGUUAAUAUAGAAUGUUGCAGUGCAAAGUUACUUUAUUGGAAACGUUUGACCUUUAAAGUGCAGAAAUGGAAAACAACUUAUUAGUCAUGGAAUUCACCUAAAGCGACUCCUUUGACUGAAAUUCCAGUGCUUGUGCACUUUCACUUAUUUGAGGUCUUGUAUAAGAGUUUGUGUUCUUUUUGUUUUGUAAUUAUUUGUAUUUCUUUUCAAUUACAUAUUUUGCGUUAUCAAAAAUAGAGCUCAAUUCUUUUAUUGUUUUCCUGACCUAUUUAAGAUCACAAAGUUAAUGUUAACAGUAUUGGCUCCACUGCUUGCUUCCUCUCAACCUCCAACUCCUCUACUUUCUUUCCAAAGGUUGAUAUCGUCAAGGCUGCUAAGAAUGGCUGCAAAGUCACAUCACCUACAUAAUUCUGAUUAGGAAUAUUUGUUUUGUGUGAUUUUAGUACACUUACUACAUUGGCACUGAAGUCAUGCUAUAUGGCACUUAAUGAUGUACUGUGGUUUCCUACUACUACUGCAAAAUCGUAAAACAGAAAAUACUGCAAAUGUAUUACAAAAACUCAAGUACCUGCUAAAACAAAAAGCCACGGUUUUGGGCAAAACCUGUUUGGUGAUUUUCAUUUUUUUAUUUUCAGCAUUUUCAGACUUGUAUUUACUGGAAUAAUUGAAGAUGCUAUGCUGCCUGCAUCCCUAUCAUUUGAUUCUAUUUGUGCACACUUACUUGCAAUUGAUUUUGAUCUGUGUUCUUCAGAGUCUUCCAACAAUUUGUGGAUUGUGCAGUGAAUGGCUUCUGUGAUAUUACUCCAGAGUGUGAGCAUUGGAAAUGGCUUCCCUUGGUCUUUCUGAAAUGGAUCAUGAAUUCAAAUGUACACGGGCACUUGUGAUAUAAUCUUGACGGAAUUGUAAUGAAGGCAUAAAAUUACACUUCUGAAAACUAGCUGCAGAAUUCUAAGGCUUGUGUAACAGGGCCGACUGAACAUUGUACUGAAGAGCUACAGCGAAAUUGCAGGCAGUCAAACUUUGGAAAAUCUACUGUUUUUACCAUUUGAAUUGGCUGUGGUAGAUGCACAUAGUAUUUCAACAAAUUGAUGCAUUCUUUAUGGGUUCCAAUUUUUAUCUACUUCCCAGUACUAGAAUUGUAAGCAUUUUUUUUUUACUUUGCACCACUGGAGUUCUAAAAAGGCUUAAGUACAUUGCCACAGCUUUGAUUUUGUCUGUGGUGUAAUUAACUUGCAGUUUUUGUUUCUCCUUACUUUGUAUUGUUGAUCUGGAACAUUUACAAAUACAGUUUUCUGCACACAUUGGAAGCUAACACUGAUGCCCUAAUCUGUUCGGUUGUUUCGAACUCAGAAUCUCACUUUCCAGCAGAUCUUUUGUCAGUAGGACAGUGUUGAUUUUGGUAUUUUCUGAUGUGGAAAGUAUGUAUGCUUAUUUAUUCCUUAUAGCAACUGGUAAUCCAUGACUGCUGCAGCAAUGAAAGAUGUAUGGAAAUACUGAUAACUUUUUUUUUAAAAAGCACAUUAAAGAUUCUCUAAAGGAGGCAAAGGAAGAUAUGUUUGGUUCUAUUUUCAAGAAACAAACCUAAAUUCAUAUUUCCACUCUACAAACUAUUCUGCUUAGUAGCUAGACUUGGCCAUCCAGUUUAUGCCUCCUUUUAAUUUAAAUUGUAGCCUCCCCUGAAUAUUAUUUUGCUGUGCUGUUGUGAGGAUUCCAGAUAUGUAGAGGACAUAUGGGUGAGAUUUGGUAGCCAGUACUGAUACACAUAGUAUUUGUUUCUUGUUUGCAGCUUGCAGAUUUUUAAAAUGUCAUUUAUCUAUUACUUAAACAAUAUUUUGACAUCUGUAAUUUAAAAUUCAGAGUGGUUAUUGAUAUGGCAAAGAAUUGUAAUACUGAUUUUAUCAGCGGCUUUAGCUAGGAAUCUCCUACUUAACUGCAUUGUUAGAGAUUCUGGGUGCACUAAUGUUGAUCAGAAAUUUGAGCUAAUUCACUCUUGGAUAAUGAAGGUUAUAACUUCACAUCUGUAGAGAUGUGAAUUCUGCAUUCUCAAAGUGGCUUCAAAGCUGGUAACGAUUCAAAUCAAAAGCAGUGAAAGUGCAGCAUGACUGUACAGGAGGUAUAUCAAUUUGAAGUGUUUACCUGAGUUUCCAAUAAAUGUGCAUAUAAAAAAUUAUGGGUUGCACUAUUAUAAGAUAUAGACUUUAUUAGAAAAUUUUGUUUAAAGGUAGAAUUUCCAAUAUGAACUAAAGUAAAAAGAGAAAGUGAAAUGCAGCAGAGACCCAGGUGGAAGGCAUAAAUAUGAUGGAUCAUAACUUAUUUUUAAUCCAAGAACCUGCAAAUAUUUACAAAACAAAUUUACAUAAACUUACUGGUUUGUAUAUUAAAUUAUCAGAACAAUUUGCUCUUGAUUCAUGGUUUAUUUGAUCACCUCGCACAUUGUAAACCAGAUCAAUAGUUUAUCAUGAAAAAACCUGGGACGAAAGAGUCAUACCUAUUUAUUUCCUUUCUAUGGGUUAUGUACAAUUUUUGCCUUUGGUUUAUUUACUUCUGAAUGAGAAGAAAAUUGUUAUAUUUCUCUAUGGUGAGCUUUCAACAGAAACCUCUGGCAUUGACAUUUCUGUUCCAGUUGUAUAGGAGCAACAUAAGAAACUGGACAAUUGUCAGAAAGUGUCCUGCUCAAAUUGUAUAAUGGUCAAAUCAUAAUGCAUCCUUCCGGUACAAACAGGAUGCAAUUACAGCUGACCCCUGUGUUAUGGCCAUUCAGGUAACAGAAAUUCACCCUUAUAAAAUUCACAUUGUUAUUCAAAUUUGAGAUAUGGAAUAAAAUUCACUCUUACAGAAUUUAUUUGGGGGGGGGUGGGGAAGAGAAGUAAAUAACUAAACACUUUUUUCAAUUGCGUUUCGAUACAGCUUUGUUAUGGAAAAUUGUAAUAGAGACCAUUUUCUAGGAACACAAUGCACCAUGCCGACCAUGGUGCCCACCCAUCUAGUCCCAAUUUCCCUCUCAGCUCCACCCCUCUAUUGAAGUGCUUCUUAAGUGGUACUAUUGUACCUACCUCAGCUGCUUCCUCUGGCAGCUCAUUCCAUAUACUUGCCAUCGUCUGUGUGCAAAAAGUUGCCCCUCAAGUCCUUUUAAAAUCUUUCCCUUCUCACCCUAAACCUAUGCCCCCUAGUUUUGGACUCCCCUACCCUGGGGAAAAGACUGCUACCAUCCACCUUAUCUAUGCCCCUCAUGAUUUUAUAAACCUCUAAGAUCGGCUCUCAUUCUCCUACACUCAAAGGAACAAAGACCUAGCCUGGCCAUCCUCUCCCUAUAACUCAGGCCCUCUAGUCCUGGCAACAUCCUCAAAUCUUUUCUGCAUUCUUUCUAGUUUAACCAUGUCCUUCCUAUAACAGGAUGACCAAAACCGUACACAGUGUGACCUCACCAAUGACUUGUACAACUGCAACAUAAUGUCUCAACGCCUAUACUCAAUACCCUGACUGAUGAAGACCAGCGUGCUAAACAUUUUUUUCACCAUCCUGUCCACCUGUGAUGCUGCUUUCAAUGAACUAUGCACUUGUACUCCCAGGUCCCUCUGUUCCAUUACACUCCUUAGUGCCCUACCAUUCAUAGUACAAGUCCUACACUCAUGGUACAAGUCCUGGUUCCAAAAUGCAUCACCUCACACUUAUCUGUAUUGAAAUCCAUCUGCCACUCGUUGGCCACUUCCCUAACUGAUCAAGAUUCCCCUGUAAUCUAUGAUAACCUUCACUAUCUACAUGAGGUGAUAUUUUAUUCAGCCACUCGAGUUUUCCAUUCGUUGGUACUAAAUUUGUGGUUUCUGGGAAGAUGCCUGUGGAAGGAGCUAAGAAUUUCAGUUCAAAAAGUGACCACUUGAUUUUCAUUAACUUUUUGAAUUAAGUUGUUUAUUGAAAUAAAUGACUAGAACCCAAGAUGUAUUUUGGCCUCCCUGCCUUCCAAAUAAAUGUUUUGAGGCUUCUGGGAGGUGAGUAAGGAGAUGGGAGAAGAAGAAAAUGAUUUUGCUGUUUAAAUUGCUUUUACAAUUUAAUACAAGAGUUGCAAACUGCAUUCUGAUUGCUUUUGGAGCUAGCUAAAUUUAACCAUUGUUGAAACAUGUCUUGUUCCUGCACCUAUUUUCCUGUUGUCACUGAUUUAUUGAAUUUGCCACUUGUUGGUCUUCUCUACUUCCCCACAUAGAAAGAUUGUAUAAAAAUAGGAUACAAAUACUAAAUUGGAUCUCUGUGCAUUCCUUUCUGAGCUACAAAAUUUCCCACAUAUUUGGGGAAAAAGAAAAUGUUUUAUUUUGGAAAUAUGGAAUGUACUCACCCAUAAGGUGAUUAGAAUAUAGAAGCCAAAAAUAAAAUAUAAAGCCAAAACAUUCCCUAAUACAAUAGGUUGGAGUUACAGGUGACAGUUCUAUCACACUUCAGAUUUUAUUAUAAACUUUGUUUCUCAGGCUAACAAUCCUGAUGGAUGCUUGGAUCUCGUCCUUGUGGAAAACAGACACCAUUCAGAAAUGUUCACUUAUGUGUGAAGAUGUUUUAAUUGCAAAAUAAAUAAAAAGAACUUAAUAGACUUCUUGUUUUAUCCUGUAACAAUGAAAAGAAAUAGUCCUGGUAAUGUGUGAAGUUUGAUUUAUUUCCAGAUUUAUAAUAUGACUCAGCCCAGGUGCAUUUUGUUUGCAGUUGUCAUUGACUGACCAGAUACCUGUCUCCUCUUAAAUUUUGUCCUAGAAACAACAAAUGGUGCAGAAUAUUUUUCUGUGUUGAUUAAAAACUAUAGACUCCAGCAGGAAGAGUUAUUUUCCUUGCCUACUACAACUUAAUCUCGGGUUCUGAAGCACCAGAGAUUAGAAACUAGUGAUUAAAUAAACACCACACUUAAAUUCUGUGUUGUGGAUGCUGGUUCAUCAUCAUUAUUAUUACAAAUAAGAAAAUUGCAAAGUGGAAGUUAAAAAUUCUGUAAGUAAAUCUGUAAUUUUCUGUCACUGUCUACCUUCACAUUUAAUAAAAAAUAAUUUGUAAUUUAUAGAUGAUGUAUCAGGCUACAAGUGUUUCUUUUUCCAUUGGCUGAAGAUUUAAUGGGUUAAAUCUUCCAGUCAGGCUUGCAACUGAUCCACCCAUUUGGUAAAUCUGCUGUUUCUGGGCAAAGCCAGUUUGGGCCUUGGCAACAAGGCAUUCUGUGAUGUAAAUCUGAUAUGUGGAGGUGCCAGGGCCAGAAUCACCUACAAGAUGUGUUGGAAAAGGUUUUUGACAGCGGGCAAAGCUAUGACUCCAGAUUAAUUGACUAUCAAUGGUAACAAAUUAAGUGAAAGUUACUGGCAUUAUGAAACAUUUUAAAAACUUAAAUGUAUUACUUUUAUUAUGCUUAAAGAAUAUUUAAAAUUAUUACAAAACAAUCACAAUGCUUAAGCUCAAUUUGAAAAAAAAAUUAAUUUGUUUAAGAUUUACUUUAGUCCUUCUCAGUAAAGGAUCUU